AUGCCAGAGAGAGUAUGUUGGUUCCAGGGGCAGAGUUACCACAAGCUGAAGAGGGCAUGUCUGCAGCGGGGCAAGCUCUUCAAGGAUCCCCUCUUUCCCCCAUCCGCACUGUCACUCUUCUACAAACGAGCCCCACCCCCUGGACUCACAUGGAAAAGACCACGGGAACUGUGUAAGGACCCUCGUCUCUUUGUGGACAGGAUCAGCACAUGGGACCUGCACCAAGGCAGUUUAGGUAACUGCUGGAUGGUGGCAGCCACUUCCUGUCUGGCCUCGGAGCCAUCGCUGUGGAAGAAGGUGAUUCCUGAUCACGUGGAACAGGAGUGGAAGCCCAAGCGUCCGGACCUGUACGCCGGAAUCUUCCACUUCCGCUUCUGGCGGCUUGGCCGCUGGACAGACGUGGUGGUGGACGACCUCCUUCCGGUCAGUGAGGACGGAACGCUGCUCUUCUGCCGCUCAGCCACGCCACGGGAGUACUGGAGCAGCCUGUUGGAGAAGGCCUACGCUAAGUUGAAUGGCUGCUAUGAGGCAUUAGAAGGCGGUAACACGGCGGAGGCCCUCAUAGACUUCACAGGGGGGGUGUCGGAGCCCCUAUGCCUGGACAGGGAGGCCCUCACCCUGCACCCCGACCAGAGGAGGGCGCUGUUCCAGACCCUGGCCAAGGCCCACGGAUGCAAAGCCCUCAUCACCUGCUCCAUACGGCCAGCGGAGGGAGAGAGAGUAGAGUCGGUGCUAGACUGUGGUCUGGUGCGGGGCCAUGCCUACGGUAUCACCGCGGUGAGGAAGGUGCGUCUGGGGAAGCGGUCACUGCUGCCUGGCCGUUGUAGCGGGACGUCCCAUCUCGGCAUGGUGCGCAUGAGGAACCCCUGGGGUACAGCCGACUUUACCGGGCCCUGGAGUCAGGGGUCUCAGCAGUGGAAGCAGGUUGGUCGUGGUGAGAGGGAGAAGAUGGGCCUCAUUGUCAGAGAUGUGGGAGAGUUCUGGAUGGAGUUUGAGGAUUUCUGCUGCUACUUCACAGAUGUGGUGGUGUGUCGUCUGGUAGAACGAGCCCUGCUGUGGCCCAACACCCACUGGAGAGAGGUUCGCUGCCAUGGGGAGUGGGUCCCAUCCCCCAACACUACCGGAGCAACCCUCGCCACCCUCCUCCCCGGCCGCCAGGCAUCCAACCUCGGGAAGAACACAGCCAAGCAUGGGGAGGUGAACCAGACUCCGCGAGGGGACCGGAAGGAGGCAAGAUUGGGGAAGAGACAGAGAGGUGGAGGAGGAGAAGGAGGAGCCGGUGGAGGGAGAGAGAAGGUGGCUAUAGCGAAGAAGGGGGGGGAGAAGAAGACAAAGAGGAAGGAGGAGAGUGUGAAGAAGGAGGGAGAGGUGGAUGGACGGUGGGAUAAACACAUGGAUAAGAGGAGUAGGUGUGGAGGAUGCAUCAACCACAAAGACACCUUUCUACACAACCCCCAGUUCAUGUUUGAGGUGCAGGGAAAGGAGGAUGAGGUGUUGAUCUGUCUGCAGCAGGAGGACAGGAGGAUAAAGAGGAAGGAUGGAGGAGGAGCGAAUCUGCCCAUCGGCUUUGAGGUGCUGAGGGUGGAGGUGAACCGUCUAAGCCGUGUGCAGCGUGUGGUGGAGCAGGCUGCAAGCUCUGUGUACAUAGACUCCCGUAGCGUUGCCCUGCGAGUGACCCUGGUCCCCGGCCGCUACGCCCUCCUCCCCACCACCUUUCAACCUAGGGCCACCGGACGCUUUCUGCUACGCCUCUUCUCACAUUCACACCUCAGACUCAGUGAGUUGAGACAGGAGUUGCCUGCUCUGUCAGUGUGGCAGUGUUGUCUCCCCCAGUCCAGUGUCGUGACCACCGUCCACCUGCGCCGAGCUUGCGGACUCAGCCAGCCCAAACAGACAGCACCAGAUGUGUAUGCUGUGAUCUGCUGUGAAGACGAAACCAUAAGAACACGAGUGUUCAAGGAGGAUGGAAAUCCAGAGUUCAAUAUGAGGGCCAUUUUCUACAGGAGAUACCCAGAUGCACACAUCAGCAUUAAGUUGUGGAGCCGUGGUCUACUUUGGGACACUCUAUUAGGAGGGGCUCGACUCCAGACCGGUGACAGCGAGAGAGAGCGGAGCCAGGGGAUUGACCUGCAGGGCGGCCAAUCACAUUCAGGAUACCAGGGAUGCAUCUAUGUGGAAACCUCAUCCAGCAAAUGCCUGACAGACUUGUGACAGACAGCUGUGGCUUGUCCCACCCACUAUACAACCAUGGCAAUCACUGCUUUUCUGGAUGAAGCAGCGGAUUUGAAUGA